AUGUCCUCUACACUUGCUCCCUCCUCCCGCUCUACAAAGGAGAUGCGGAGAACCUUUGCGAAUUCCAGGAGAGUCCUAGCAUGGCUCCAGCAAAUGCCUGACCACGACACGAUCAGAGAAGAAGACGGCACAAUUACCUUUUUCAGGGGCGUAAAGGACAUGGAUGCGGAGAUUCUUCAGCACGAGAUAGACGUUAUUAACGACGAGAAGAGUGUUAGAGCGCUGGAGGUACCAGGCUCAACGACUUUGAGGAACGAUACAUUGCAGGGGGCGAAAGCAGAUGUGACUAGAUCUGGAACAUGUGAGCCAACAGCGAAAGGGUUUGCGAAUCACAAAGCUAGGGAGGUUGCGCCAACUGCUAAUGCUGUGAUUGAGCAGUAUAGGAAGGAUACUCUGCUGAGGAGAGCGAAUGUGGUCAAGACGGUGCAGCUUAGCAAAUCUGGCAUGCUCGAGGUUAACGGUGCUGGUCAUCGGACGCAUCCUGGUGGCUGUAAGGUCGGGACGACGGUGAGUGUGAUAGAUCUGACUCUUGGCGAUGAUGAGCCAGUCUCUGAAGAUGCGAUUUGA